UAACCCACAUUUAUGCAUUCUGCCACUGGAGACCUGCAAGGAUGCCCUUCUAAUUUUGAAAAACAAAACAAAAAACUUGAGUUGCCACGUACGGUUUAUCAAACUUUUCACAAUGUUUGGAAAACCUUUUGUAAUCCUACUUUUGUUGGUGACCCCAGGAGAAGCAAGGAAGUCAUUUCUCAGUUUCCUGAAUAUACAAAAUUCAGAAAUACUGUCAUUUGCAAAGACAAAGGAAACUCUCAUUGUAAGGUCCAGUUACAAGGACAAACGGCCGGACUCCAACUACCUUUUUGUGAAAGUAGGAGAUCCAAAGGUGCUGCAGCUGGUGAAUGUGACCAAGACCUCGCGGGACGCCACAGACUUUACCAUCAGCCUAAUUACUUUCCCAGGAGAGACGAACAUGACCGUUCAGCUCUGGGAUUCUGAAGAAAGGGAAUGCAGGAGAAUGCCAGAAUACACCAACUUCAACCAGACCAAGCCUUGCAGCGCCAAGGACGACCAAGCUGGCAACUCCGGGCGGAGUCCAGACGUGAAGGCGGGGUUUCUAGACGUCCCGGCCCUGCCCGAAGGCUCUCAGAGGCGGGACUUCCUGUUGGAGCAAGCCCGUUACCUCCGGAAGAGCGAGCCUUCGACCCCGGCAGUUGCGCAUCGCUCACGCGAGAAGAUGGCGGACCCCUGGCAGGAAUGCAUGGAUUAUGCGGUCACCCUCGCGAGGCGAGCUGGAGAGAUGAUUCGUGAAGCUCUGCAAAAUGAGAUGAAUGUCAUGAUUAAAAGUUCUCCAGCUGACUUGGUAACAGUUACCGACCAGAACGUUGAAAAAAUGCUUCUCUCUUCAAUAAAGGAAAAGUACCCAUCUCACAGUUUCAUUGGGGAAGAAUCUGUGGCAGCUGGGGAAAAGACAGUCUUCACCGACAAGCCCACGUGGAUCAUUGACCCUAUUGACGGCACGACCAACUUUGUGCAUAGGUUUCCUUUUGUAGCUGUUUCAAUUGGCUUCGUUGUAAAUAAACAGAUGGAGUUUGGAGUUGUGUAUAGCUGUGUGGAAGAUAAGAUGUAUACUGGCAGGAAGGGAAAAGGAGCCUUCUGUAAUGGUCAGAAGCUUCGGGUCUCACAACAGGAAGAUAUUACCAAAGCACUCUUGGUGACUGAAUUGGGCUCAUCUAGAAAGCCAGAGACUUUGCGGAUCGUUCUUUCCAACAUGGAAAAGCUCUGCUCCCUUCCCAUCCACGGAAUCCGGAGUGUUGGGACCGCUGCUGUUAACAUGUGCCUGGUGGCAACUGGAGGAGCGGACGCGUACUAUGAAAUGGGCAUCCACUGCUGGGACAUGGCCGGAGCUGGCGUCAUCGUCACUGAGGCAGGCGGAGUGCUGAUGGACGUGACAGGUGGACCAUUUGAUUUGAUGUCUCGGAGAAUAAUUGCUGCAAAUAAUAAAGCAUUAGCCGAAAGAAUAGCCAAAGAAAUUGAGAUAAUACCUUUACAAAGAGAUGAUGAAAGCUAGUUGGCACAGGACAAUGUCCAGCUCCAUCACACUUGCUGACCCUGGGAUGUUUGUGAUGUAUGAUGUCAUUGAUUUAAAUUUGUCUUUGAGGUCCUGAUUUUAAAAUGGGAACAUUUCAGAUGGCAUACGCAAAAUUAGAUGGAAUAGUUGAUUGUGGAAAGUAUCCAGGAAGUCUAGUUAAUGAACUUGCCAUGGGAUAAUCACCAGUGCACAUGACCCCCUUAAAUUUUAGUAUGCUACUUAUAUGCACAAUUCUCAAUUGUAAAGUUUUUGUUUUGUAAAAGUCUUUCUCUUUCUUCCAAAAGCCAUAUUUAGUUAUGUGUGUGACUCUACAGCGGGCUCUCUCCUCGCAGAGACCUUUGUUGUGUUAUUCUCUGUAAUUCGGCACUGGCACAGUACCUGUCAGACAGCGGGCACUGAAGUCAGCAGCUUACGGGGUGCCUGGAGCUGCGGCUCCUGUUCUGACGGCACCUGUUGUGAAGCUAGUUUACCUGACUGUCCUUUUCAUAUUCCAUACUGCCAUUUCACAGGACUGCAGAGACGAUUGCUUAUUGUGGGCAUUUCUGCAGUUAACAUAGUACUGUGUGCUGCAGGUUCCGUCUAAGCCCUCAUGCUAGAGAGAUUUUCACGGCAGUCUUUCAGGUAUCUGCUGGAGUUAGUUACAGUGUCACGUUUUACUAAAUGAACUGAUUUGGCUGUGCUGACGAUGUAUUGUGGCAUUGAUGGUGAACUAUUUGAUUUCUUUCCAAACUCCUUGCUUAAUUUCAUCACUGCUGUCUGUAUACUCUAUAAGGAUCAUGGGCCUCUCAAACCCAAGAAGAAGAUUUAAUGGUUCCUGUUCCUUUUGAAAGGAUUAAUUUAUUGUUCAGUUUAUUGUUUUCGCCUUGGCCCUUGGCAUAUGAACAAAUCUUUGUUUGUUUGUUUGUUUGUUUGAUUGAUUGA